CAUCAAAGUAACGUAAACAUCAUUCCCAUUAUCAGAGAUGAAAAACAUUUUAAUUAAAAACUACCGUUGUAAGUAGAAAAUGAAAACAUUCGUAGAAAUGAAAUUAAUACAGAAAAUCGAACAUGUUCUGCGUUUGACACCAGUUUAUUAUUAUAUAAGUUUUCAAAUAUUGUGCUAUGUUUACGGGAACAAGAAUAAUGGUAUAAAUACAGGGAAUAGUAAUGGAACGUACUAUGUGCAACACUAUCCUCUACAACAACCAGAAGAACCUCCACCACCCGAGGGUCACGAACAGGAGAUUCCCUCACCAGAAAAUCAGGAAGGAACCGCACAGAAUCAGAACGAAGGGACACAGAAUGUUGAAUCCAUUCAUAUUCCCGACCAAGAAAAUAAUAAAAUUGUAGCAAUUCCUGACGAUCACUACACAUUCGUGGCGUUGAUAGAGGUAAUGUUUACGGAUGAAUGGCGGAGGAACUGCACGGGCGCUAUAAUACAUGACUAUGUCGUCAUUAGCGCAGCACACUGCUUCGAAUUGAAAAAGGUCGAAAGAAAUGAAGCUACCAAGUUGCAACCUGAGCUGACAGGAUCAUUUGUUAUCAUAGGAUCUAAGAAUAUGUUCGAAUCUGGUUAUGAACAGUAUUUGCCAAUAGAAAGGGUCUUAAUACAUCCAGAUUACAAAGCCAUACAGGCGGAUUUAGCGCUAGUAUACACUUUUGCUGGUAUGAUGUCGGAUAAACCAGGGAAUAUUAUACCAUUAGCGGAUGGAAACGCUUUUACAUCUGUCCAUACGAAAAUUAGCGUUCUAAAUUGGAAUCAGUUUAUUAGAAACAAAGUUAAAAAGACCACAACAACUACGACUACAGAAAGUCAUUCGGAUAGCUGCUCCGAUUCUACUGAAGAUGAGAACGGGUACUAUUAUAAGAAAAUGAGGCAUUUACGCGUGACUGCAAGAAUUUUACUUUCUUCUGAUGAUGAAUCGUCCACGAGAAAAGGGGAACACAAGCACAGUUCAUUGAACAUGGACGAGUAUAUUAUCUUUGAAGGGGAUGCAUGCAAAAAUAUUUUGGCGAAAGUUAAACGCACUAUUGAUGAAUACAAGACUAUAUGUUACAUUAGGAAAAGGCCCACCAAAGUUCAGUAUUAG